AUGAAUAUAAAUAAAAAUUUUAUAUAUUUAUUAUUGUUUAUCUUUAUAUGUAUAUUUUUUGUUAAUGCUUCUGAAAAGAAUUUUGAAGAAAAGAAAAAUGACAAUAAUUUAUGUGUAUACAAAAAUCAUACAUAUGAUUUAAGAUAUUCAAUUCCAUUAGAACCUAAAAGAAAAGGAAAAAGUUUUAAUUGUGAUUUAAUUAAAUAUCUUGAUGAUUUUGGUUAUUUAAACGAAAGUACAUAUAUUGAUUUAAAUAAAGAACAAAUUUCUAAAGUUCAAAUUGUUACAGCAAUAACUCAAGAUCAUAGAGAAGAAGCUGGAAGAAUGUUAGAAUCAUUUAAAAAACAUUUUCCUGAAGAAAAAAUUAUUGUUUAUGAUUUAGGAUUUAAUAGUAAAACAAUAAAAGAAAUGAAAUCAUUAAAAUUUGUUGAAUAUAGAAAAUUUAAUGUUUCAAAAUAUCCAAAACAUGUUGCUAAAGCUAGAUCAUAUGGUUUUAAAUGGCUUGUUGUUGCUGAAGUUUUAAAAGAAUAUCCUGCUGUUAUUUGGGCAGAUGCUAGUAUAAGAUUUCAAAAUAAAUAUUUUAUACAAAAAAUAAAUAAAUUUGUUAAUUGUUAUAAAGGAAAAAGUGAAAAUCAUAAACAUAAAGAACAAUUAAUUGUUAAAAAAUUAAGAGAAAAGAAUAAGAUAAGACAUUUUACUUAUAAAAAUAAUCCAAAUGAUGAAAAGUUAUAUAAAUUUAAUGUAAAACAUUGUUAUAAAUCAAAUGUUAUAAUGCAUAUACCAACAUUCCAUGGAAUUUUAUCAACAACACAUGAAACAUUUGCCAAAUAUUUUCCUGUUAAUAAAAAAAAAUAUAAUUAUCCAACAGAACGUCAACAAAGUACAGCUUUUGUAACAUUCUAUCGAACAAAAGAUACCAUUCAAAAUGUUAUGAAAUGGAUUGUACUUUGUUCUUUAACUCAUGACUGUACUGAACCAGUACAUUGGUUUUCUUGUGAUGGUCAUUUUAAUAAUAAAAAUUUAUUUGCAAAAAAACAUAUUUGUCAUAGAUUCGAUCAAACAUUAUUAACAACAAUCUUACACAAUUCUAAUAAUUAUGACAAUAGAAAUUAUGCUGCAGAACUUUAUGAUAAUGGUAUAUAUGCACAUGAUAUUUUAAAAGAUUAUAAAAUAUUAAUGAAGAAUUAG